AUGGAUUUUUCCAUUAAUCAGUUCACAGGAGACGUAAACGCCCCAGAAUAUAAAGUUUCGCCGUUAGCUCUUGUCAAGAGUGGUUACCAAUAUGCAGAUACUGAUAUAAAUUAUGCUCAUAAUUCUCAAACUGUGGAGAUAUUUCGACAACUGCCAACUAACAAAUAUGCCAAUAUUAUUUCCAGUUAUCAACAGCCCGAAGGAUUUUCCGGUUCAAACUUUCCAUAUUCUCAAAUUAGUUCAUCUAUGGCAGGUUUGUCUGACGGAAUGGCUCUUUUUACUUAUGGCGAACCUAUGCCCAAUUCUCAUUCAAACCAGGGCCUAACUAUCGAGGAUGAGCACAAGAGAGCUAUUUGUCCUUCAAAUCAAAUGUCAACCAACACGAAUGGCUAUUAUUGUGAUGAAUAUAUUGCAGCGAAUGAACCGGUUUCUAAAAAUGGUGAAAAUUAUCAAUAUGGAACUGUGCAAAAUUUCACAAAUUCUAAUGAAGCGAACGAGAUACUAAGAACUCAACCAGACGAAACAUAUUCCAAUUGGGAUAGUAGUAUGGUUAUGAAUGCUCCAUCAGAAGUCGCCACUGAUGUAUCAAGAAUUUCAUUAAAUCAGUCUUAUCAAGCACAGACAGAAAACGAAGGUUUAUUGGACUGUUCUCAUCAUAGUUCUGUUUCAAAACCCGGGAAUGAAAUGGCAGUCGGUCAAAGUGGACCUCAAGAGCAAGUUUCAACAACUUCUGAAGUGUAUUUGACACAAUCAGUGCCCAUCUCCCAUGAACAACAGUGCGAUUAUCCUCCAAAUUUAACCUGUGAUCAACAAGCUGUAAUCCCUACUAUGGUGCCUUAUCAGUAUAUCUCAUCAGAAUUUAUGAGAGAACAAAAUUCUUCAUCCCAAAACUUCGCAUUUUCUGGUCCGAAUGAAAAUUCUGAGGGACCCUACACUGGUGAAAUGGCCGAUCAACAAAUUAUAGCAAUGAGUUCUAAUGCGGGUGAAAAUUCUCUUGAGAAAUCGCAGUAUUCAUUUGUAGAUUCCGGCUCAAUAGAACAACAGUGGAGUAAUUUCCAAUCGAGUUCUCAAGAUGCCUUUGACUUAAAAGCAGAGGAUGAAUUGAAUACACGAGAGCUUGCACAACGAGUGAGCGCCGAAUUGAAGCGUUACAGCAUCCCACAGGCGGUUUUUGCGCAAAGAGUACUAUGUCGUAGCCAAGGCACCCUCUCUGAUCUUCUCAGAAAUCCUAAACCCUGGAGCAAGCUCAAAUCUGGACGUGAAACUUUCCGUCGUAUGUGGAAAUGGCUUCAAGAGCCAGAAUAUCAAAGAAUGUCAGCUCUCAGGCUGGCCGGAAAAUACUUUCAGAAUAUCAGCAAACGAAAGGAAGAAAUGAUGCGUUGUAUUGGACCGGAUGAAAUUCGAGGGGUUAAAAAACCCCGCCUUGUAUUUACCGAUAUUCAACGUCGAACUCUCUAUGCUAUAUUCAGAGAGACGAAACGACCCAGCAAAGAGAUGCAGGCAACGAUAGCGCACCAACUUGGUUUGGAAAUUUCCACAGUGGCUAAUUUCUUCAUGAAUGCUCGUCGACGCUCCGCUGAUAAGUGGUUAGAUUAUGGGGAAAGCAAAACCUCAUCUUUGUUAGACUCAUCUUCCCCUCAAUCUUCUGGUGAUCCUUCUGAGAACCUCAUGAUUACGAACGAUGAUCCUGCAUCAAUGAAUGCCUCAUAUGAACAAGCAGUUUAUUCUGGAUCUGAUCAAACUGCUAUCUGUGCAGCUGCUCCUAUGAUUUCCAACCAAGCUCCAAAUCAAACAUACGCGGCACAGUCUGGGUAUCCAUUUUCAUCCACAGAUACUUCAGUAAUUCAACACUCGGAACCGAGAAUAUAUCCCUAUGCGAAAUCUGAGGCCUUCGUUAACCAAUAUCCCUUCAGCCAAUAUCCAUCCACCAAUGAAGCAUCUUACAGUCUCCAACAAACUCAACAACCGUCUGGUGCACUUUUUGAUCUUCGACGUUUGGCUUCAGCGUCACAAAUCGAUCCGCAUUUCCUUGCAACAGCGACGGAAUUUAGUGCUUCUCAUCAGUCACUUCGUGACCAAGCUCUCGAAAUUUGCUCAAAUAUGGUUGCUGCAGCAGCAGUAGCUUCUGCGAAUGUAAAAUUUAAUAACUCUUCUGGGGUUCCGGACAAUCAAAUUCUGAAACAAGAGUCAGAACCAGUUGGAGAAAGUGGAGACGAGUAUUUAGCUCAAAUAUGA